AUGGGUAUCACCCUGUUCGUGUGUGUGGUUGCCUUGGUAGCCCAAGCUGUCGCCCUGGACAACGGCCUUGCCCGCACCCCUCCUAUGGGAUGGCUGUCCUGGCAAAGGUUUCACUGCGACAGAGACUGUGAAACGGAUCCACAAAACUGUAUUAGUGAGAAUCUCUACAUGACAAUGGCAGACGCAAUGGCCGCUAAUGGGUACAGGGACGCGGGCUACCAGUAUGUCAACAUCGACGACUGCUGGUCGGCCAUGGAAAGAGAUCCGGUCACCAACAGACUCGUGGCCGACCCUGUCCGGUUUCCACAUGGCAUUAAAGCUUUAGCAGAUUACAUUCACGGCAAAGGACUCAAGCUGGGCAUAUACGGGGACAUGGGCAACAAGACCUGCGCCGGGUACCCGGGCAGCCAGUUCACCUUGCAGCUCGAUGCUCAAACUUUUGCUGAAUGGGAGGUCGACUCUUUCAAAAUGGAUGGCUGCAACAGCGACCCAAAACUCUUUGAUUCACUCUUUCCACAGAUGUCAGUUUUCUUGAAUCAAACAGGGCGCCCAAUACUUUUCAGCUGUGAGUGGCCAAUGUAUCAACACAGAGCAGGAAUAAAUCCUAACUACAACCUCAUCGCCAAAUACUGCAACAUCUGGAGAAACUACAACGAUAUCUCCGACACCUGGGUGAGUGUGCUGAACAUCAUCGAAUUCUAUGGGGACAACAAGGGCAACUUUGCACAAGUUUCUGGCCCAGGAGCUUUCAACGAUCCCGACCAGAUCGUCGUCGGAGAUCCGGGCCUCAGCGCGAGCCAGCAGCAAGUCCAGAUGGCCAUGUGGGCCAUAUUUGCGGCCCCGUUGUUGGUAUCGUCAGAUCUCAGAGACAUUGACCCUGUAUCACGUGAUCUCAUCUUGAACAAGGGCGAAGUCAACUUCGAGGUCUGGGUGCGGAGAGUCCUCCCUCAAGGCAGUUACGCCGUUGCUGUGCUGAGCCUACGUGGUGGAGGGAACAAGUUUCCUGUCUCAUUUUCUCUGUCAAAGCUAGUUCCCGAUGCCAGAGGAAAAUACACAGUGACUGAAGUAUUUACGGGAACCGCAGUGGGAACUUACUCAUACAACGAUACUAUCACGGCAUGGGUUGAUGUGUCCAGUGUUGUUUUCAGGAAAUAUACUUCCUUGUCAUAG